GGGAUUUGUGUGGCUGUGCGCGCAACUGAUUUUCCAAUGCAAACAUUAUAAAAAGAGAUGCUUCAUUCCGCACAUUCAACAUUCCAACACAAUCACAUCUCCAACACAUACAACACUCAACAAUCACGAAACAUGAAGUGCCUUCUUUUCGGUGCAUCCCGAGGCUGCGGACUGGAAGCCGCUUUCGAACUCCUAUCAUCUGGGCACGACGUCACCCUCUUCCUCAGAAAUGUUAACGUAAUCGAAUCUCACCCUCGCGUUCAAUCUCUUCCCGUGGACCAACACUCACGAUUGCACACAGUAAAGGGGGAUGCCUUUGUAAAGGAGGACGUUGAGAGGGCUUUUGACAGUAUUGGAAGCGAUUUGGGGACUGUGUUAUUCAGUAUUGGCGGAAGGCCAUCUUUUAAAAAUCCUCUGGCUCUGAAAUUGGAACCCCCUGAAGUAUGCGAACGCGGGAUUGGCGUGAUGCUGCCUGUUCUAAAGGCAUAUGGGGAAAAGCAUGGAGUGGAGCCACGGUUGAUUGUGGUAUCCUCUAGCGGUCUGGGAACCGUGGGUCAUGCGGAGUUGCCCUUGAUUAUGAAGCCAAUGUAUUCCUGGCUGUUAAAGGAACCCCAUGCCGAUAAGGAGAAACUGGAAGCACACAUUUACCAUUCAGCGGGCCUCAGACAUCCGGACGCAACCAUCGAUCAGAGUACUCAGACCUCUCUUCACACUCGGUCCCUUCCAGAAAACGGAUGGCUCAAGGAAUUUGUUAUUGUUCGACCGGCUUUCUUGACGGAUGGACCUUGUACCGGAACCUAUCGUGCAGAUGAGCAUUUGAAGACCUAUACCAUUAGUAGGGCGGACAUUGGGCAUUUUAUCGGCAAUGAGUGCGUGGGUGAGGUCUGUAAAUGGGUGAAUAAAGCUGUGACAGUUGGGUAUUGAAUGGUUAUCAGUUUUUACGAUUCAUUCUGUUCCGAUUUACCACAUUCAUUUGUUCAAUAUCACAUAUAACAUGAUAGCCUGUUCC